AUGAAUCAAUCAUAUAGGUGGGGCGCAGGAUAUUUAUUUUUCAUCUUUCGAAAAUCCACCACCAUUCGAAAUCGAAAAGUCCUCGAGACCAGUUCGAAUUCCAAAAUCUCGGGUAUAAUGGAGAACCAAGCAGCGAACGACGACAGGAAGCAGAGGAAGCCUCUGAUGGAGAAGAAACGCCGAGCCAGGAUCAACGAGAGCCUCGAAAAUCUAAAGACCAUUCUGAUGGAGUGCGAUCCGGAGAGCGUCAGCAAACGAAACGCCAAGCUGGAGAAGGCCGAUAUCCUGGAGAUGACCGUCAGCUACCUGCAGACCAUGCGGACCAAGCGCACCAACAGCUACUACCCGUCGUCCUCCAGCUGCAGCUACUCGUCGCAGAAAUACAACCAGAACUACGUGACGGUGUCUUCGAAGUACGGAAGCGGCGGCCAGUGUUGCUACGGGGGCAGCUCGUACAGCUACAAGGGCUCCGGCCAGAAGGGCUCCUGCGGGGACAAAAGCUCGAUAUGGAGGCCGUGGUGA